AUGAGUAUAUUUAUACUACGCGCGUGGACAGGGACGAACGCGGUGCACCGUGGGAAUGUUUUGCGGGGAAAGGUCCGGGGCACGCAGCUGGUUCGGCAUGGAUGGCGUUGUAGAGAAAUACUAGGCUCGACACAAGCCCCUCGACGGACAUUGGCUCAGAACUUCGUGCGUCACCAAGCGUGUGCAAUCUCAUCUCCAAGCCGUACGAAUCAGCAAGACUAUCUCAAUCUUCGACCUAGUUUGGACGCUUCUUUCAGUAAAAUGCCUCGAAGUAGUAAUCGCAGGGCGCCCAGGUGCAAAAUAGUCAUGCACUUGCGUUCCUAAUUGAGGUCUUCACUGGAAGGCUUAUUAUCCCAUUUUAGCCCGUCCAGCAAUAACUAUCGUAGGACAAACGAUGUCAUCGAAGCAGCACCUAUAGGACCAGAAGCGACCUUGCCUCAAAUUGCUGCCCCUACCCUUCCAUCUGUACCCCUUUCCGAUGAUUCCGUCUCCGGUGACAUCUCGAUCCCUCGAUCCUCUCCCCCUGCUGGCCAGUCCAUGUCUUUAUCCGAUGAUGCCUACCCUCCUUCUCUCUCAGGUCAAAAGACUUCACAAGGCGGUCUCGAAAGAGAGUUUAUGGAUAUCGAUGAUAGGCAAGGCUAUGAUGAUCUUCCUGCCAUCAUGAUGGAUGAGUCUCUUCUUGAAACAGGUUUUGAGGGUGAUGGAUAUGGAGGUGUCAUCCGUGAUCGUCUUGGCCAUCAGCUUAGCAAAUGGCCUACCAAAGUUCCCGAAUCCUUGAUCCCUCCUUACUCGUGUCGGCAACCCAGCCCUUAUCAAGAUGAACCCAUCUUCUGCAUCGAAUCAACUGCAAGGAAUAUGCCUCUACUUGCCACCGUCCUUGCCGUCUUCUCAAUCUUCCUCACGGCUUUUGCAGGGCUGCCUCAGCGAUUGGGCGACAUGGUGAAGGCUGUCAUUCAGGUCAUUCUUGAACUGGCUAUCGCUGAGGGUCAACAAGCGUUGCGCCGGAGAGUACGCGGCGGGAGCGAUUCCUCAGGACUAUCUUCCCCGCAUGGCGCAACAGCCAGGCCCCCCUGGAGGCGAGAGUAUCACCGACUCCUUCAGUUCCAUCACGAGCUAAGGGUUCGCGGCUAUCGUUUUCGACCCCUUGACCCCACCUUCAAGGAGGAGUGGAUAGUCGAUGGUGCGACGCAGUUACCUCGUCUCAACAGGAAGAAUGCGUGUUCCUUUGUAGAGUGCCGCCCUCCCCUACGUCGCUUUGGUGACUUUCAUCAGCCGACUAUGACGGGCAUACUCUGGACCGUCUUCUCCCAUAUCCGACGAGCUUCUGAUGGAAGGAUUUUGUCCCACCGACUCUUUGGCGUUUUCAGGUGGUUCAAGCCCUCAAUCGCUUACGGAUACCGGUAUGAUGAAGAGAAAACACUAGAUAUCCAGGUGUUUUCUCAACAUCAACUCUCCCCUCCUUUCUUCUUCCCGAUCCACGCGAAAUCGUUACCUUCCAUCCACCCAGUCGCACUGGUUAGUGUUCCGCAAAGAUCUUCGGCACCAUUAGGUACCAAGAUCAUUGUGACUGUCCCAGUUGCCCGACAUACGUGAGCUUACUGGUCAGGAUUGUGGAUAAACGAUUUUGCCUUGGGAUUUGCGUGUAAAUGGGCAAGGUACUAUACUGGUUGACUUGGGCAAGGUCAAGGACUUGCACAUCAGACGGACCUGGACAUCUCCUAUUACAUGGCCGCCUCCUCAAUACUGGAACCUCCUUCCACUUCUUCUUCCGUAACAAAACCAUUACAGUUUCCAAAAACCUCGUUUUCUUGAGUGAAGUCGAAGUCCAUCUCCUCCAUCUCAUGGCAGCUAUCAAGAACAGGGGCUGGGGAAGCAUCGAGAUAUUCGGAAAAAUUGCUAUAACGCACACCUGCAAUGACUCGUUGGAGCUUUGAUUCAUAUUGCAUGGUGCCCUCCUCACAUCGACUUUCCCACAAGCUCCUCAAGGUGUAACUAUCUAGUCCGGGCAGAAGCACAAGGCGUUUUUGAAGCCUUGCGUACACGGACGAGUGAUGAUGGCGGAGAAUCUCCAGAAACGGGAGACGACCUUGUGUUGACUGAGAUCUGGUGGGGUCGGGUGGAACAUCUUCGUAAGUGGGAAUGAAGGAGGAGUCCAUCUUCUGUGCUGCCUCCCAGUCGAUCAUGCCUUUUGUAUACGCAGCUGUUGGAUGGAAGAGACCGUCUGGCGUGUCUUCGAGGCUGCUUGGACCGGACGCGAGGCGGAAACCCAUGGAGAUCGUACGAUGGUAUUUGUACGGCAGGUGGAAGACAUGAGUUGACCUGCGUUUCGUCUUGUCUUGGGCUUGCAACCAACUUUCUUAGCCAGUCCAAACAGCAAGGCGGAUCUAGGGACAACGGCGAGUGGUCAGUUGGUGACUGUGACAGAACAGGGCGGUCAGUUCCUUAUUACAGGGGACCACCACCAUGGUUCGAUCGCCACCCAACCAGGUCUUUCUGCCUUACUUCCAUGGUAAACGUCGGACAAAAGCAGAAACUCGUCAUACGUAUCAUCAUCAUCCUCAUCCUCGUCAUCUCCUGCUGAACUAGACCUCCUUUCGGCCACUCUCUUCAGAACAUCUUCAAUCUCGUUAUGUUCGAGGAAGUGGAGAUUCUGCAGAACCCCCCUUUCUGAGAGCAUUGCCCGUUUUAAAAGGUCUCAUUCCUUGCACCCAUCCAGGGGUGUGUCCUUCCAGUUGUUUAUAAGCAAUACACGGAACUACAAUACAAUCCACGGUAAGAGAAGCACAAGUCAAUGACAAAGGGUAAUGCAAGCACUCACUCUCAUGGUUCUCCCCUUUAUAUCCUCCAUUCUUGCCUCUUCUGUCUUCUUCUUCGCAUCUGCCUUCUCCUUCUCCCUCACAACGCUGUUGAGGUAAUCGACCACCCGCCCCUCAAUUCGUUAUUCGUUGGCUUGCUUUUAAUCUGGACGAACUGGUCAUCCUCUACAAAGGAUAAAGAAGCUGUUAGCUCCGGCUUGCAAUCAGAGUUAAACAUCACCUCACAAGGCACAGCGAAGAAUGGACUAGUUUGGACGCCAGAAUAUCCUGCCAUCCUUUAGGAAGUACCCAUCUGGAGCCUCUUCCUCGUUGUAGUCCAGCCAGUUGUCGCAGCAUACAGCGGCUUUGGCCCGUUUCUCGGCAUUCUCACGCACCAUCUUUCGAACGACGCCAUGUAUACAGAUAAAGUAAGUUUGACGUAUCUCAUCAAGGUCGGGAGCGAGAUAGCAAGUUCCUUUUACCGCUUGCGGCUGUUACUCGCAGAGAAGAAGCGGCGCGACCGCUCGGAUUGCUGAGUGUACUCACAAGUAGGGCUUGGUCCAUUUAGGCUCUGGGCGUCUUUCUCUCUCUCUCUCUCUCUCCAAUUCGCUAUUCCACAUCUUCACCUUCUCCUCCAGCUCCGUCACCUGAGAUCUCAAAGCCUCUAUUUCGGACGCCAUAUUGAGAAGGGUUUUAUUCUGGGUGAUCAUGAUGUUGAGACUCGUACAAGAUGGAGGGCAUCCACUCUUCGUUGUUCCUGAGCUCGCUGAUAUCACAAAAGGCUCGAGGUAAGUGUUCUCCUAGGGCAUGUACCAAUGCGGAACUAUUUUGGAAGUGCUGCUGCUUGAGAGGAUUGAGGGAUCGGAAAUCAGUGAAGCCAGGGAGGUCAUUCAGCUCCUUCGCCAUCCUCGCGCGGAAGGACCCGGCUUCCUAGGAGACUCGAUUGUUUCACGGACGGGCUGGCUCACAGGCUGCACGAUCUAGGAAGCGGAAGGAGGGACGUAAGCAGAGCGUGCUGGGGUAGCGGGCAAAGACGACGGCGAUACAACCGGAGAUCUAUUUCCAGCAGCCGCGGUGGCGGUCAUCAUCCUGCGAGUCGUGUUGGGGUUCUGGGCAGCAAGGGAUGGACGUGCAGGAGUGUGUGACACGGAGGACAUGGCGUAGGAUUGCAAUAUGCCGUGGCGUUAAUGUUGGUGGCGACAAGGUACGUAUAGCGGUAAGUGGAUUGGGGAAUUGAGAACGAGAACCUGUGGCCAGUGGGGUGGGGUUUAUAUACACCGAAGCUUGUGAGGAUGAUGCUCAUGGGAAACAUUCGAGAAAGAUCGGAGGAUCUAUGAAACGCUAGAUAAUAUGUUCGAGAAAGUGAAUGUAUGCA